UGAGGUUGACGGCAACUCUAAAGACAGGUUCAUGCUGCCAGGUUCCAAACAAAAAGAGUACCCAACAUCUGCCAACAUAACUUGAUUUCCUGUUGGAUAAAGGGGAAAUAAAGAGGAACAUUCCUAGAAACAACAAAACCAGUUACAGGAAUGGAUUGCCAUUUUUCUGUCUGGGGAGUUUUGGCCUUCCUUAGUUUGGCUCUGCUUGUUUCAUUGACAUUGAAUAUUUCACACUGUAUAAAAAAGAAGCAAGCUAAAAUGGAUAAAGACUACGAAGAGAACAAUCCAAGCUAUGAUGGCUAUCACACAGAAGAUUAUCCAGUUUAUGGCAAUCUCAAUCAAGAUAUUUUAGAAGAAUGUUGUUACGAGCAGAUGAAGUCCCAGCCUCAAAGACCAGUUAACCAGCUACAGGUGCAGUCUGCCAAUCAGAUGUGUUAUGCCUCACUUGAUCACAGUGUCAAGGGAAAACGCAGAAAACCAAGGAGAAAGAAAGAUCCUUCAUUGGAAGAAAAUGAGGAAGAAAGAUCAUCUAAUCCCAUGGCAGCUUCCAAAAUUAUUUACCUCAAUAGUGAGCAGCUGGCGGCCGAAAACACAGCAAAAGUAGAAGCCAUUCAUGAUGACCCCAUCAGAUUAAUGGGCUUGAUUCAUAGUAAAAAAGGGGAGAACCGAAUAGGUAAUGAACCAAAUAUGUAACCAUAAAGUGAGAUUUGCUUUCUCAUUCUGGGGGAACAUGGAAUGAUUAGAGAUAAUAUUCUGGAAAGCUGACAUAUUAAUCUGUGGUAUGAAAUGGGUAAGUUAAGUGUUCCAAACUGUCUGCCAAGCAUGUUUAUAGACUAAGCAAGACAUAGGUCCAGGCUGCCACUCAUGGAUCUGCUCUUCUGAAGACAAUGUAAAAGUUGCAGAAGUUGGUACUCGGCAUUCACAUGGAAGGGAUUCCAGUAAAAAUUGAUCCUGCUCUAAACAAGCAUCAGCUUUCAAGCAGUCCUAAAAGACCUCCUCACUGUCUAUAGAGCUCUAGCAGAGUACAGCUAUUCCAUAUUGACUUCAAUACUUUUGAAAUGAGAUUGUGUUUGGUACUUGCACACUUGGUGAUUAGUUGUUUUUACCCAUUAAGAACAGAUCUGUUGUUCCACACUGUGAACUUUCUGUGACUGGUCUAUGGCAAUGACUGGAGAAAAAUUGAACAGCUGAUUUGAAGUAGUAAUUGUACAUAUCACAAGACUUAGCAGUAUCUUCAUAUAGCCUUAAGUUUCCUCUAACAAUAUUGGAAUACGUCUCAUAUCUCAAUUCCUUAUUAGUGUAACACUGUACACAGCUGUAUUCAAGGGUCCACAAAGAUAUUAUAAAACCAUCUCUAACAAUAAAUCUAGGGAGGAUUUCUUCCUUCUAAUACUCUC